AAAACCUUCUGGACAGUUGUCUAUCUUUUUGUAAUUUAAGAUGGCUUCAAUUUAAUAUGGGUUUUGAGGGCUCCUCUCGGGAUCAAGUAAUGUUUAUCCCUCAGUAAACGACGUCGCGUUGAUCUAUAGUUGUUUGUAGGCACCUAGAAAAAUAGCGGGAAAAUUUUCUAGGGCUUUCUAGUGUGUUUCACACUCUGACAAACUCCUCUUUCGUUAGAUUUCAGAGUCUCAUCAAAUUGGCUCAGAUUGUUUCUCAGUUCAAAGAACAUGGAAAUCGAUAACGAAGGAGAGGAAGAUUUCGGAUUCUCGCGAAACUAUUUCCUGGCAAAAGACUUGGCCGCGUCAGGGAAGAAAUCCACUCAUAAGCUUACCGAUAUUGACGUAGUUGACGAACAGGAGCUAAGAGCGGCGGCUUCUAAUAUUGAACCUAAGCAUGAGAAAGAGAUUGCGUCACUGAUUAAUGGUUACAAAAGUUGGUAUUCCAAAUGGGUUUUCGAGCUGCGGUGUGGCUUUGGCCUUCUUAUGUAUGGAUUUGGAUCUAAGAAGGCGUUAUUGGAAGAUUUUGCUUCGACAGCUCUAACAGAAUAUUCUGUGGUAGUAGUCAAUGGCUAUCUUCAGUCAAUCAACAUCAAACAGGUUGUAAUAACUUUAGCUGAAGUUCUGUGGGAUCAGUUGAAAUCUAAGCGACGGACCCCUUCCAAGAAUUUGCCUAAAGCUCAACAACCAUUCAAUUCUCAAUCCAUGGAUGAUCUUCUUGCAUUUUUGGAUGAGUCAGUGGUGGAAGAUAAUGAUUGUUUUGUGUGUGUUGUUAUUCACAACAUCGAUGGGCCUGGGUUAAGAGACUCUGAAACUCAACAGUGUCUUGCACAAAUUGCUUCCUGUACUCACAUUCGUAUGAUCGCCUCUAUGGAUCAUGUGAAUACACCUCUGUUGUGGGACAAGAAGAUGGUUCACACACAGUUCAACUGGUGCUGGUAUCAUGUCCCUACAUUUGCACCAUACAAGGUUGAAGGAAUGUUCUUUCCUUUGAUUCUUGCACACGGCAAUACUGCCCAAAGUGCCAAAACAGCUGCAAUAGUUUUGCAAAGUUUGACACCUAAUGCCCAGAGUGUCUUCAAAAUUCUUGCUGAGUAUCAAUUGUCUCAUCCUGAUGAAGAAGGCAUGCCAAUUGACAAUCUAUACACAACUGCACGGGAGCGGUUCCUGGUGAGCAGUCAGGUUACUCUUAAUUCCCAUUUGACAGAAUUCAAAGAUCAUGAGUUGGUGAAGACCCGAAGGCAUUCUGAUGGCCAGGAUUGCUUGUACAUUCCUCUUGCAUCUGACGCACUUGAAAAACUGUUAUCUGAGAUGAGUCAAUAAAGUGUUUCGGCACAUUGCAGAUUAUCAUGAAGUUGACAGGAAUAUUCACCAGUAAUGCAAAGCACAAGGUUGUGCUCGGAAAUUUUAUGCAGUUCGGUUCUUAUUUGGAAUGGCUCAAUUUAGCUGGUUCAUGAUGAUUAAAGUCUAUGGGGCUUGGAAGUUGAUUUAUGAGAAGCUUUCUCUCAUUAAAAUUAACAUCAAUUUGAUGUUUCAAUUUUUGUUUGUGAGAAACAUUGUCCUUUAAUCCAAUGGACCUAUAAAUAGGAUUAAACUCAA